CUAUCGAUAACUGAAAGAGGACAUGGAUCCGCGCAAAAGCGUUCGUUCGUUCGUUCGCUCGUUCGUGGUCGGGCGCCUCGGAGCCGGAGUGAUCCCUGCGGGAAGGACUAUAAUUCCGCUCUCUUAAGCCCGGUUCCUUUCCUCUGUUCUCGUUGGUCCAUGUCGUGGUUUGUUGCUAUUUGCCUGUAUACAUCCAACUCCCAUGUACCAUGUAGGUACCGCACAUGACACACCACAGCGAUUGGAUACAUUCUUGUACAUGUAGAUCAACCUUGCGGGUGGUGUUCGGAUUGAUGAUUGGGUGACGGCCAGGAUAGUGCAGCGGGAAAUGAUGCAUCCAUUUGAGCCGCGCGCAGACAGACGCGUGAAUACCUGACAACGUCGAAGGAGCAGUGGCAUCAGCAGGAUGCGAUGGAUGAGCAUACCCCUCUCACGCACGCACAUACGCACGAACAAAGUGCGGGGACGGGAAUCAACCGGAUUGAACAAGACACGCUUGCCUUCGUAUCGCAGCAUCAAAGCUCUGAUGCACUUGCAUUUGGACUACUGCGCACCCGCACGUACCUGGCUCCUCCCUCCGUCUGCUUGUAUCAGGCAAUGGAGCAAAAGAGCCCAAGUGUUACCCCACGCCUGCUCAGAUGCCAGCCUGGUGUCUUUGCCAACCCGGCGAGGCUAUCUUUGGAGGCUGCUUCGGUGGUGAAUUUGCCGAGGCGAGUUCUAGGUACGUACGCACAUGGUAGGAUUCCAAGGAGAUUUAGUUGGCGUUGGCUAGGACACUUGGUGGUCCAUGGCAGGAGAGGGGCGAUGGCGUGCAGCGGAGUGUCACUUUUGCGCUUCAUUUGUCAUUUCCGGUCACUGGCGAUGCUAAGUGCGAUGCGUGCUCGAUACGAUGGAUGUGUGGUGUGGAGAAAAGCGUACUAUAGUCUGUGGUACACUUGACGUGACACUAGUCGACUACCGCAGGCGUGCUGGGAGUGGAGCUCGAGUAGGGGUCCAAUGAGCUGUCACCAAGCGCGGUUCCCCGGAAUACACGGAGACUGCAUUGGGCAAGGUGCAAUGUAGGGAUCCACGGCUUGUCGCAGCUGCUUGAACAUGUAUGAUUGGAGGCGCAUGGCUGACCACUCACAGCUGAAAAGCGCUCCCUGGCAGUACAGCGCUCAUACUCAGUGGAGUAGCCUACAAGCCAGUACAGCCAGUUCGUUCCCAUGGCUUGAAGAUUGAAGUCCAAGUAUGGUUCACCCUAAGAACGACCGAGGCGUGGCUCUACGGCCACAAGAACUGAUCGGUCGCGUUUAGCGGAACGAAGGAGCGAGCGGGCGGGAGAGGCUGCUCAUGGGGGCGAUUGCGAUACGAUGAGUUCCUCGUACGUAAAAACGGUUUUUUGGACAAUCAUCCCAU